GUGCGAAUGCGCUCUGCGUGCGGACGCGUGAGUGUAGUUACUUAUCUAUUGUACCGUAAACCGUAUUCCCGUGAUUAAAAUGACGCAGUGUAAACAGUGCAAGUUGUUCUUAUCAACCGCUAAAGAGUCUAUUAUGAAAUGUAAAGGACCGUGUGAAGGGAUCUUUCAUAAGAAAUGUGUGCCAAAGGCUAAUUUGAAGAGUGAGAUUUGCGAAAAAUGCAGCAAAAAAGAGGGCAGCCCAACUGCACGAUGCAUUCCAAAACUCUCCAUUGACAUCAAUGAGGCUACACCAGAAAAUGUAUUAGAUGAGGUUAAUAAAAAACUGGAAAUCAUCUACAAGAUGGAAGAAAAAAUUGACAAAAUGGAAGAAAAAAUUGAGAGUUUAAAAGAUAAUGUUGACUUCUAUGCGCAAAAAUACCAAGAAAUGACAGAUUUCAAGAAAAAUGCAGAAAAAAAGAUAGCAGCUCUGGAAAAAAAAAACCUAAAUUUGCAAAAAAUUAACGAGUCACUAGAAGAACGAAUCACACAACUGGAAUUAAAAGAGGUGGAGACCGAAGUCGAAAUAGUAGGUGUGGAACAAGUGCUGAACGAGAAUACAAAAGACCUUAUCGCAACAAUUGGUCAAAAAUUGGAAAUGGACGUUAACGAAAUAGAAUCCGCCAGAAGGGUAGGCCGACAAAAACCCGAUGAGAAGCGCCCGCGACCCAUCGUUGUCAAGCUGAGGUCGAAGGUCGCGCGUGCCGGCUGGCUAAAACAUAGAAAAACUAUGCUAACUAAUAAGGAUCUGCUUGGGAACGACAAUAACAACCGAAUUUACAUAAACGAAAACCUUACAAAACAGAUGAGAAGCCUGUUCUGGAAUACCAAAACUUCCCUAAAGGGCACCUACAAAUAUAUAUGGGUACAAGAUCUAAAAAUUUUAAUUAAAAAAACGGACGCCUCGAAAAUAUACAACAUUAAGUGUGACGCCGAUAUACAGAGACACUUAGGAACUGAUAACGAGGCGAGCGCAAGCUAAUAACUUUCUGUUAGCGCUGGGAUACACAAGGUGAUUAUCUCAAAACGUCACUUUCACAGAUCUAAUUCAGGAUUUAGCAGACAGUCAUGAGUUCCAUAAAUUUCAGAAUGUUAAUACCUGGAGCAGCUACCUAAAUCAAACUUCUCAAGAUAUGCAAAUAAUUCAUUUGAAUAUCCGAUCACUUCGCAAGAAUUUCAAUGAAUUACUAUGCCUACUUAAAAAUACCAACUGUAUAGAUGUUCUCAUACUUAGUGAAGUUAAUAUAAAAAAAGAAGAACUACCCAUAUACUACUUACCGGGAUAUGAUGUGUACUCCACAACGAGAGAUAAAAGAAGAGGUGGUGGAAUUUUAAUGUAUAUCAGAAACGGACUAGAUGCAAUUUUACAAAGAACACAAGGAUAUGCUACAGAAUUACUACAUACUAAAUUAAAACAAGGAAAACACUAUAUGCAUGUAAUAGGGAUAUAUAGACCGCCUAAUACCAAUAAACUAAGAUUUAUCAAGGAGAUCGACGAUUUGUUAAAAAGUAUACCCGAAAAUGAUCACAUAGUAUUUAUUGGAGACACGAACAUUAAUAUCAUGCUGGAUAACAACGUCACAGAAACAUACAAGAGCACCCUGUGUGACCACGGCCUACAAUGCAUGAUAAGCGAGUGCACGCGGGAGGAGGUGGCGGGCGACCGGCUGGUGACGUCGUGCAUCGACCAUGCGUGUGUGCGUGCGCCCGCGCAGCGCCUCGCCGCACACAUCCUCACCUGUAAACUCUCCGACCAUUAUCUGAUAGGUGUGAACAUAGCGGCCGCGAUCAGCAGUUCUGCCAGUGAAGUAGUACAAAGGAAACCGGUAUGUGUACUUAACUCCAGGCUAAUUAAUAAUAUGCUGGACAAAGUAAACUGGGAUGAUUUUAGAAGCAUUAAGUGCCCGAUACUGCUGUAUAACAAGUUAGCUAGUUUAUUUAGUAAUAUUUACGAGCGCGCAAAAACUACUACGUACUGUAAACAAAAGCGAAAAUCACAACCGUGGAUGAAUAACACUAUUAAUAAAAUGAUUGUAAGACGGGAUAAAUUGUUUCGAGUGUGGAAGAAUAACCCUAAAAGUGUUACCAAUAGAUUAAACUAUACCAAUUUUAGAAACUUAACAACAAAAUAUAUUUAUAUGUCUAAGCAAAAAUACAAACAAAAUGAAAUAAAAAAUUGUGAAAAUAAUUCUAGAAAGUUAUGGAAUACUAUUAAUAGCUGGUUAGGAGCUCCUAAACCCACCGUUGAUACUACUAUAUUAAAAUAUUUAGGUAAAACAGACUCGCCGCCUAACAUAUGUACAAAAUUUGCAAAUACUUUUACGGAAGAAAUAUGUCAAAUAAAACAUAAAUGCAAUAUCAAAUUUAUGGACCGGCAAACGUAUAUUAAGCAGUGUAACUUAAGCUUUAGGUAUCAAAAAGUUAAUAACCUAUACAUUGAAAAAAUUAUCGGCAAACUUAGCAAAAAAUCUCCGGGCGUGGAUGAAAUAAGAGUACAAGAAUUAAAAUAUGUACAGAAAGAAAUUAGUACAGUAUUGGCAAAUUUUGUAAAUAUGUGUAUCCAAAACGGAAAGUAUCCAGACGAAUUAAAAAAAUCUAUUAUAAGGCCAAUACAUAAACAGGGGAGUCAUUCCGAGUACUCAAACUAUAGGCCUAUAGCGAUUUUACCUGUCAUCAAUAAAAUCAUGGAAAAAGUAAUUGUGAACCAGAUAAGUACUUUCCUUGAGAAAUAUAACAUUAUCUCGGAUGCGCAGCAUGGCUUUAGGCAAUCAAGAAGUACGUCUACGGCCCUGGCUCAAUUUACAGAUGAAGUUUAUAGUAAUUUAAAUAAUAAAAAGUACAUAGGGGUGCUUUUUAUUGAUUUUAAAAAAGCCUUCGAUACCUUGGACCACGAACAACUAUUGCAGGCGAUGGACGAAUGUGGGGUUCGUGGUCCGGUGUUGGAAUGGUUCCGUACAUAUUUGUCGCGACGAACCCUGCGUGUCUCCGUGGACGGUGUCAGCGGUGACGAGGCAGAGGUGCAGACCGGGGUGCCGACCGGCUCGGUGUAUGGCCCACUCGGGUACAUAAUGCAUGUGAACAGCGUAACUAAUGUUGUACGGAACUGUUCCACAUACAUGUAUGCGGAUGACACUUGCUUACUAUUUGCUGAUAAAGACCUUAUUAACGUACAGACUUAUAUACAGCAGGACUUCGAAAAUAUACUUAAAUGGUCUCACGAUAAUGGUUUAAUAUUGAACACUGAAAAAACCAAAUUUCUGCUCAUACAUUCACCAUACAUAAAACCAACCCAGGAGCCUAUUAAAAUUAUUGGUCACACAUACGAUUGUUUGCAUAUCGAGAAACGAGAUUGUAAAUGUAAAUCAAUAGAAGUAGUUGAUAAAUUUAAAUACCUAGGCCUAACUAUAGAUAAACACAUUAACUGGAAAAUACACAUAGAUUCUGUAUGUAAUAGAUUAAGAUCUAUACUGUGUAAAAUUAUUAGUUUAAAAAAUAUAGUUAAUAAUAAAAUAUUACGAAUGUUAUACCAUGCGCUGGCGGAUGCUAUAAUUGGAUACGGUUUAAUAGCUUAUGGACGCACCUUCAAAACUUAUUUGGACAAAAUAUUAAACUUACAACUACGGCUAUUAAAAAAUAUAAUUGAUAAAAAAACUAAAGCAAACUGUAGAAACGAUUACACGGUCUUAUUUAAGAAACUGAACAUCCUGCCAGUGCAUGAUAAAGUUAAGUACUUAAUAGCAGCUGAGCAAUUUAAUAAUCCCAAAUUUAAAACUCCGCGAGUAUAUACCCGAGCGCCAAGAGGGUUAAAGCGUCGUAAAUACGUGGAACCAACCGCUAGCAACUACUAUGGUAAAAGGACGCGUAGCUAUAUCACACCGCGAAUAUUUAAUGAGUUAUCAGUAGAAGACGAAUGUGCUAGUAAAAACAUCUUUAAAUCAAAAAUUAAGAAGUUGCUAAUAGGUACAACGCAUGUCUGAAUAAAUAAAUAGGAUAGGUAAAUAUACUACAACUACUUAUACUGUGUUAAUAUGAUAUAAAGAUGUAUUAACCUUAGUAUUAUAAGUUAAUCAUAUAAUUUAGAUUAAGGUACUAACGUUGAAAAUGAGUGCCACAUUUCGCCGUUAAACACAAGUUUGGCGAACCUAACACAAGUUUAAAAUGUACCAUACUAUUUGUGAUAAUAAAUAAAUCAAAAAAAAAAAAAAAAAAAAAAAA